AUGGCCACUUUCAAGGUUACCCACUUCAACACACUGAUCAGAAGACAGACAUGUAAGUUGAUCGAACGUUUAAAAUUAACACUGAAGCAAGCCUGUAGCAUCGAGUCCGCUUGCCGGUACAACAGCGACUACCUCGUGCAUCUUCUUUCUACUGGAAAUAUCAGUUCGUCUGACUGUAAAUUUCUUCGCUUACUUUCAAGCCUACCGAAUUUCCGAUCCGCGGGUCUGGAUGCUAGAGCAGAACUCCUGGACACUCCGUUGGCACCGUUGCAAGCGAAAGGGGGAGCACUACACCGGAGCCCGCAUGCUGCAGCACAUCUGAGUGACUUUCUCCGUUACGUCCUGCUUUGGAGACGCGGCGGUGUCUAUCUGGACAGCGACGUGAUUGUAAUGAAGUCACUGAAGGGAAUAACCAAUAGCGUAGUCUACCAGGGCGGAAACGACAGCUUUGUUCUAGCGAAUGGUAUACUAUUCUUCGACAAACGACAUGCCGUCCUCGAAGAGCUAAUUAAUAAGUGCGCAAGUUCCUACAAUCCCGAAUGGCGGAUCACGUGUGGUCCUGGAUUGAUGUCUAUGCUUCCUUCAGACAAGAAAUUUUCUCGUCAACUAAAAUUCAUAAAUGAGUCAGCGUUCUUCGUUGUUCCAUGGCAAGAGUGGGAGCACUUAUUUAACCCUGAAAUGGCGCCAGUGGUGCUGAGUGCGAUAAACACUAGCUAUGGUGUGCACUUUUGGAACAGCCUUAGUGAAACGAGACGAGUGGUGCCCGGAUCAGGUUCUGCUAUGGACGUUCUCGCUCGAACUCACUGCCCGCGAGUUUACCUAGAAGCACUGUAUGAGGGUGACUUUUGAAUACAUCCUGUUCGGCAAAGCUACUGUACCAGGAAUAUGCCAAAUCCAUCGCUGCAUUAGAUUCCUCGUCAUGGUUGGAUUUAACUAUGAGCUAAGAGGGCUGCAGCCGACGACCCGCCACUGUCUGGCGGCCCCUAUGAUGGUAGGUUGAGUGACGUAACUCGUAAAAAAAAACGAAAUCUAAAACUAUUUUUGACAGCGAAUUGUCUUUGUCGCAGUAUUCUAGAAGAGGGGUAUCUAAAGCUAAGGACGAUGUCAGGAGAAGUGAAACGGCAUUUCGCGCAGAACACUCUGAUCUCCGUGCAAAGCCAGCCAUUUGAGUGCGUGACAGGCGCCUUACGGUGCUUGAGUGCUUUGUUUCGGAAGCAGCUAUGAGCGAACGAAGACAACACGCGAGGAAUAUCAAGAACUGGCGUUUCUCGCUCCACUUUUUAGGUUUUUUUUUUCUUUUUUGUCAGGAAGGGCCAUGUCGUAUACACCUCCUCCGUCACCACACUCGAGGAAGUGGCGUCU